CACAAAAAUGGCGACCAUGUGAAGUCAAUGUGCAAGUGUCAAGAACGGAUUUGCCUGGUUUUACUAUGUAGACAUAUAUAUAUCGGUGUAAAAUCUACAAAAACAUACAUCAUGUUAUAGGGAUCCUAGAUGGGAUCAGAUGAGUGAUAAAUAUGGAAACGCAGAGAAACUAUGAUGUUCAGGCUGCGGAGCGGAUAUUCCGCAAGGUGGUACACCCAGGCCUGGACUCCAUGCGGAUCGUUGACAGAAAUGGCAUGCCCAUCACUAGUGCUCCGUCUGGGUACACCAACUACCUAAGAAACAAGACCUUCAGUUUGAGCCCGCGGGGUGUACCUACCAGGGUGUCCAAUCAUACCUAUAGUGGCAAACACUCCCACAUCUCCAGAUAUGGGCCUUCGAUGCCGGGAUCUGACUCACCUGAAAUGUACGUCAUGCAGGCUAGUGCUGAACUAAAAUCAGCCAAACUGAACCGACCAUACACACAUUCCUCCGUCCUUCCCUCAAGAAAACGUGCAAUGUCCAAUACCUCCAAGACCACCCUUUCUAUGCGGGCAUCCCGGAGCACUUCUAGUAGAAAUGCGACAAGAUGGUAUUUCGACAUGACCAUGCCAGGAGAAAAACGACAGAUGAAGUCAGCUCACAGUGAACACUGGAACAAAAGUGAGCAGGGCCAACGUCUCAAUCGGGAAUGGUCAGGUGUCUCAGACAGUCGUGCUCUGAAGAGGUCGUCAGAGAUUCUGUCACAUCGAGUAGAUCGCAUGUACUUUAUGAACGGCAACAACAUCCGACUCAAGUCGAAGUACCUGGUGGACGAGGAGGAAUUAUUACAUCUCCGGGACACUUCAAAGUCACGGCAGUACUCUAACCAGCCUCGUCCUAAACUAAAGAAUGGGGUUGUUAAAAUGCCAUCUUGUGGGCCAUCCUCACGAAUGUCAAGUCACCGCCCCCUCAACAGUGGCAAGUCAAAGGUUUCAGUAGAUGAAGCUGCAGAGAAGAAAGACAGGGCCAAAAGUCUUGAGAAUAUUAUGACCACAAGGAAAAUGGAUAAUACUGAGAUAGAAAGAGGCAAGAGUCCUCUGCAUGGCUGGGACAAUGACGGAGACAGAGAGGAGGAUUUAAGUGUGAAAGGCGCGGUAAUUCGUAAAAAGUCCUUCCAUGAAGAUCAGAUUGCAGAAGGUUUCAAAGACAGUGCGCCAGUCACUCAGCGGUCAGACAAGGCAUCCGUUAAAAAUGAAGAUGGAAGUGGAAAGGCAGAGGAAACUGUGGAAGAUGAAUUUGACAAACCUGAAAGAGCAGACGGGCGACAAAACCCUGACGAUGUUAUAAACACAGAUAAUAAUGUGGUUGCAGUAGAUGAUGAUAAUGAGAAAGAGAAAAAUGUUGAUGACGUAGAGGAAGGUGAGAAAGAUGAUGAAGAUGAGAAUUGGAAAAUGAGGAAAACGGAAGAGGAGGAGAUUAAAGAAAAGUUAGAUCAGAACAAAACAGAGGACAAUGGUGUUGAAAUAGAAGACAAAGUUGAUGGGAAGGAUGACGAAAUUGUCGAUGGUAACACAAAUGAGGACAAUGAAGAAAAGAAUGUGGUUCAGGAUGACAGUGCACAGGAGGCAGCCGAUGAACCGCCUACAGAGGAAAAGGUCGAGGAGGAAGAGGUGUCGGACGAAAAGGUCGAGGAGGAAGAGGUGUCGGACGAAAAGGCAAAGGACGAAAAUGUUGAUGAAACAUAAACAGUGGUUCUGGGGUCAGAUUAUUGCUUAAUGAUUACAGUUCUUGCUUUGUCGUAAUUAUGUCAUUUUGUGUGACAUGAUAAACAGUUUAUCUGUAUGUAGGGAGGGGUAUCAUUUUGUGUGACAUGAUAAACAGUUUAUCUGUAUGUAGGGAGGGGUAUCAUUUUGUGUGACAUGAUAAACAGUUUAUCUGUAUGUAGGGAGGGGUAUCAUUUUGUGUGACAUGAUAAACAGUUUAUCUGUAUGUAGGGAGGGGUAUCAUUUUGUCAAAUGUGAAAUAUAGAAGUACACCAGAAUUUAUUCUUUUAAAAAUCUAGAAUUUUCUUUCCUGUGAUGACGAUUAAUCUAUAAUGCUUUAAAAUCAUUUUGAAAAAUAAAGUGCUCCUGUCAUUCUCACAGAUAACAUUGAAAGACCAUUGCUUUAAAUAAUGAAUUUCACUUAUUUUAAGCCAAAUUCUACAGUUGUUGUGAUUUCUCCUAAAAAGUUAAAGCAUGAAAAAAAAAAAAUGGAACAACAAGUUCUAAUACAUAUAUUUAUACAUAUCUUAAAAUCAAAUGGAAAAAAAAAUCUGAAAUAAUUGUGGAUCUCUCAGUCAUCAAAGUGCUUUUUUUUUUAAUAACUGGUGUGGUCACCUUUUUUGAAGUACGCUAUACAUUGAUGUAGUGUAGCUCUGAGCAAUUAUUUUUGUCACAUUUAUGUAUAUUGAAAUGUUACAUUUCUUUACAUAUAUAAAUUUAUAUACAGUUCGACUUGCUUAUCCAGAAAUACAUGUGCUUUUAAAAGUGAGUUUCUGUUGAAAUUGUUCAGAAUUGGGUUUUUUAAAAUUAUAUUAGAAUACUUGAUAUUCCACUUUGAUAUUUGAAGAGUUUUUAACUUAAAUAUCAAAUAAAAAUUAUAUUUUAUACUUCAGUAUAGUAUAACCUAGUGCCUUCAGUAUUUCUGCUCCGGUUUAUUUUGUAACUUAAUGUUUUCAAUUUCAUACAAAAUGAAUAAACAGUAUCAGUCAUUUUUGUUAAUAUAUUUAUAAAUGUUCAUAUAUUUAUCUUAAUGUUUUCUGAGAAUUUAUUUUUAUUUUACACAUUCACAACAGUUGUGAAAAUAUCCGCAAGUGUACAACUAUUACUCUGUGUAUUAUUACUGUAUAUGUGAUAUAAAACACUCGGUAUGCAAUGUAAGUGUAUCCGUGUACUCUGAGUAUAUUGAACAGUAUUAUAGGGUUUUACUUUCAUGAACACCAUGAACUAAACAUUUUGAGGUUAGGUGUCUUUCCUGUGUAUGGUAGAUUAUUGGGUGGGGAAAAAUGUAUAUAAAUUUAUUUUUUUAGAAAAUAUAUGUAAGAAUUAUUUCGAUACCAUAGCUGCUAUGUGUGUACACUGUGGUAUAUGUUGUCAUGACUUGUAAAUGUGAAAUACAAACUUUUUUCAUAUUUGAUUGCAGAGUUGCUAUAUCAACAUAUAUUCAAAUGCUUUGUAUUUGUGAUGCUUAUCAUUCACUUUUCAUAUGAAAUCGUACGGCUGCCACGAUAUUUAACACCGUAUCCUAUCAUGACACUUUCUUGUGUGUAUCAUAUAUAUAUAUAUUUAGAAUUGUUUGUUUUUUCCUGCAUCGCAAAACACUUAAGGGUACUGAAGUUAUCAAUCUUCUACUUUUUUUCCGUAAACUUUAAGAGUUUACUUAUUGUUUUGGUAAAGAUGCAUGUCCACUUUACAAAAGUACAAAAAAUCAUACAAAAAGUAUGUUUUGACAGUAUUUACUAUUAAAGUCUAUGGUAAAGCUCUGUAAAAUCCUGUACUCAGUCAUCAUGAAGUUGGCCUUUUGAGCAGAUAUCUGUAUCGUGAUACGUAUGUAUUGUAAACAUCAUACCAUGAUACGUAUCAUUACGUAGGUGUAUCGUAGGUGUAUUGUUGCAGCCCUAAGUGUGAUGUCUGUGGUGUGCAGAUUAUUGUACCACUGCCAAAUACUGUUACCGUGCUUUGGAAUCUGUUUUUUUUGGGGGGGUUUUGUUUUUGUUUCUGCCAUGACUAUAGCUUAGUGAUAAAAAAAGUUCUAAAAAAUAGACCAUAAAACCUUGCAUCUUUAAAUAGAGUCAUCAGUUUGGAUAUACCUAAUAUCAAAGUUUUGCUUUCUACACACAGCGUUUCAAGACCGCCUGGUGCCUUUGUCAAGCUAUGACUGAGUGAGUGAAGGGACCAGACGGUCUUCAAACGUUGCGACACGUUUAAUACAUACAUUUUGUAGAAAGUAAAACUUUGGUAUAUCAUAAAACCUAAUUAUCUUGCAGAACUUUCAUGUAAAACAUUGUAAAGAUGAAAUGAAGAACAAACAAUCAACAACAUUGUUCUGAUUAUAAAAAUAAUACAACAGGGCCAGACGAGGACCCCCUGAUCAUUAUACUGUAUACACGUAUAUAGUGUUUUGUCUGCAGUGGGACAGGAAUCCUUGCCCUGUCACCCCUAUGUA